AUGGAAAAAUCUAUUAAUUUAAAUAUUUUUCAUUACUUUAUAAAUAUAAAAGAAUUAUAUUUAGUAAAAAAUAAUAUCAUGGAUAUAACUCCAUUGUUUAAAUGCAUCAAUUUAAUAAUUUUAUUUUUACAAAUUAACAAAAUUGAAAAUAUUUUAGGAAUAGAAAAAUUAACAAAACUAGAAAAAUUAAAUAUGUUUAAUAAUAAUUUAACUGAAAAUUAUAUAAAAAUUGAUGAAAAUAAAAAUUUAAAGUAUAUUGAUUUAAGUGAUAAUAAAAUUGAGAACAUAGACUUUUUCAAUAACACAAAUACAUUUAUGCAUAUUAACUUGGCAAAUAAUAAAAUAAGAAAUAUAGAUGCUUUAAAAAAUAAUUUGAAUUUGGAGUAUUUAAAUAUUAGUGGAAACAAAAUUGAAAAAUUUGAAGACAUUAAGGUUCUUCAUAAUUUAAAAAAAAUAAAAGAAUUAUAUUUUAGUUCAAUAUACUACAAAAACAAUAUAUUGGCAGAUGGAAUACUUUACAAGCAUUAUUUUUUUAGUCGUUUCCCCAACUUAAGAAUAUUAGAUCAUGAAGUAAUAAAAGACAAACAUAGAAAAAUAACUUGUACUGAUUUUGAGAUUCUAAAAAGUAUUCUGGAUUUAAAAAUAAAUUACAUUGAAGAAAAAUAUAAGAAGGAAAAAUAUUAUAUCUUAUUUAUUAAUAACAAAAAUAUAAAAUAUUUAAAUGACGUUUUAAAACCAUUUAAUUUUUAUUACAAUUUAAAAGAAACUUUAUCAAAUGAGGAAAAAGAAAAAGAAAAAAUAUCAAAAAUAGAAAAGGAAAUGAAAUAUUUAAUUAACGCCUAUACUAUUAGAUUUAAUUAUAUAAUGAAUAGAUUGAAAGAAGAAAGAAAUUUACAAAUAAGAUAUAUUACAACGUCGUUGAACUCUUACUUUAACAUUUUCUUCAAAAUAAUAAACAGAGAAGAGGAAGAAUUUAAAAAAAUUGAAAAUUUAGUAAAAUUAAACUUUCAUUCACACGCAUUAAAAAAUUAUUAUAUUGAUGAUAUAAAAAUUGAAAAUAUAAUUAAAGUAAAAAAAUUAAAUCAUAAUGUCCUAGACACACUAAUAGAAGAGAGAAUUAAUAGCUUAAUUUACGAAAAAAAUUUAUUAUUCUUGCAUCCCUAUCACUAUUGUAAAAUAAACAAUUAUUUCGAAUUUGAUGAAAAUGAGUACACAGUUGAGGAUUAUGAAAAAAAAAAAUUUUUUGAAAAAAAUUAUAUUUGUUCUUCUUAUAAUAUAAAUCAUAUUUUAAAAACUUUGAUUAGGAUAUUUUUAGAAAACGAUGAGAAGGAUGAUUUAGUUCAUUUAAUUUAUUACAAAAAUAAAAAUAAUAAUGAUUUUGCAAAUGUAGAAAAUAAUAUAAAUAUAAAAAAAAAAAUUAUAAGAAAUAAAAAAUUUGAUUUCCCUAUAUUUUCAAUAUACGUUGUUGAAAAUUAUUUUUUUCAAAAUGAAUAUAAAGAAGUAUAUGCAUACAGUAUACAUGAAAACAGAAAAUCAAUUAAAGAAAAAGAAUUAUAUAAAAAAGAAGUAGAUAAAGAAUACAAUGAUAUAAUAAAUGAUGAUAAUGGAUUAAAAAAUAAAAAUAGUGAAACAAAAUUUAAAAUUUAUUAUACAUUGCCUAAGCACACUAAUUUAAAAUAUAUAAUUAACGUGAAUUUGCUAAAUCAAAAUAAAGAAAGAUAUACUGAUAAAAAUGAUGUAAAUAAACUAAAUUCAGAUGUGAAAGUAGAAAAUCAAAAGUGUAUAAGAGAUAAUUUUUUAAAAUAUUUAAGAAAUAAUACAAAUGCUCUUUCCAAUGAUAAAUUAAAAGACGAUUUUUUUCAUUUUAUAUUAAAUCUUGAUAACAUUAAUUUUUUUAAUAUUACAAAAUAUUUUAUUAAAUUAAGCAAAAUAAUAUGUGAAAUAAAAAAAAAUGCUUUAUCCAUUUUAUUAAAAAAUAAUUUAAAACAUUUAGAAGUUAAUGAAAUAUUUAAUGAAAAUAUAGAAAUGAAUUCUGAUAAAGAUUUAGAAAUUUUAAAUAAAAAAAAAAAUGAUUUCAUUAAUUUAUUAAAUAAUUCAAAUGAAGAGAAAAUUAUUUGUAAUUACGAAAAUGAAAAAGACAAGAUAGCAUUAUACUUAAAUAAUCUUAAUAUAAGAAAAAUAAACUUGAAUUCUUUAAAAAAUUAUCAUAAUUUAAAAGAAUUAUAUUUAAGGAAUAAUAACAUAAGUAAUUUAAAAUCUUUUUUUUAUUUUUGCGAAUAUGAUUUUGAUAAUUUAAUAGUUCUAGACUUAUCAUGUAACAACAUAGUUGAUUUAACUCCUUUAUAUAUGAAAUUUAAAAACUUAAUUCAUCUUAAUAUUUCUUUUAAUUAUUUAUAUGAUUAUAACCAAAUAGUAAAAUUUAGUGUAAACCAUAAAAAAAUUGAAUAUUUGUCAAUCUUAAAUAAUUCCAUAUAUAUAAAAUCAGAAUUUUAUUCUAAUAUUCACUUUCUAUUUCCUAAAAUAAAAACAUUUAAUGAUACAGACAUAAUCAAUGAAAAUUAUUUUGAUAUUAAUAAUUAUUUGUUUACUACAUUACAUGAAGAAACUUUUUAUGACGAAUAUCUUUUAAAUAAUAUUAUAUUGAAUACAAAUAAGAAAUAUGUAAAUAUAAAGGACAUUUUAAAUAAGAACUCUUCAGAAAUAUAUAAAGAUAUAAAUUUAAAAAAUUAUCAUACUUAUAUAAAAAUAAUAAAUUUGUCAAAUUUAUAUAUGCCUUUGAAUUUUCUUGAUUUUUCUGGUUUUGAGAAUUUAAAAAUUUUGAAUUUAUCCAAUAAUGGAAUAGAAAAUCUAAAUGAUUUAAAAUUACCAAAAGAAUUAAAAGUUUUAAAUGUAAAAAAUAAUAAAUUAUCCUCAAUAGAAUUUCUGUCUGAGUUUUUGGAGAUAGAGAAAAUAGUUUUAGAUAACAACGAAUUAAAAAAUAUUAAUAAAAUUAAUUUAUUAAAAAAAUUAAAAAUACUUAGAUGCUCUCACAACAAAAUAACUAAUUUACCUCUAUUUCAAAAUUUAAAUUUAAUGGAAAUUAACAUACAUAAUAAUUUAAUAAAAGAUAUAACACAUCUUAUUCUAAUUAAAAAUAAAAAAUCACUAAUUUCUAUUAAUAUAUAUAAUAAUAAAAUUAACUUUUUAAAUUUAGAUAUAUAUUUAAUUCAUAUUUUUCCUAAUUUAUUAAUAUUAAAUAAUAAUUAUGUUGAAAAAAAACAAAAUAUUGAGAAAUUCUUUAAAAAUAUAUAUACACUUGAUGUUUUUUUUGAUAUGUACAAUAUGUAUCCACCUUAUACAUCUUUAUUAUCUCUUGAGAUAAAUAAUUUAAAAAUAAAAAAUAUUUUAUUUAAUAUUAAUAAUGAUAAUUUUAAAAAUUUAAAAAGUUUAAAUAUUUCAAAUAAUUACAUAAAUAAUAUUAAUAACAUUGGACCAUUAGAUAAUUUAAAAGUUUUAAUAAUGAACAAUAAUAAGCAUAUAAAUGAAAAUUCUUUUAUAGAUAGUAAUGAUAGGAAUUCUUUAAAUUCUUUUAAAUCAUUAGAAGAGCUUGAUAUUAGUCACUGCUUAUUAUCAAAAACAACCUUUUUAAGAAAAUGUACAAAUUUAAAAAAUUUGAAGACUUUAAACCUAGAAGGAAAUAAUAUUAAUUCAAUUAGAUAUUUAGAAAAUUUUGAAAAACUGAAAAAUUUAAAUUUAUCAAAUAACAAAAUAUCAAAAAUUUUUCCUGAUUCCUUUCCUAAUAGUUUAGAAAAUUUAAAUAUAUCAAACAAUUUAAUUAGAAGUUUGAGUUCUUUUUCUACAUUAAAAAUGGUAGAAAUUCUAGAUCUUCGAGUAAAUAGAAUUGAUAAUAUUGAGGAAUUUAAAUAUUUAAAAUGUUUAGAAAAUUUAAAAACAUUAUAUUUGAAUGGAAAUAGAAAAAUAAAAGAACACUUCAUAAUUAUUAGAAGUAUGUUAAAACAAAUAGAAAAUUUUGAUGAUAAAAUUAUGAAAGAACAAAUUAAUUUAACUCAAUAUUUAGAAGAAAGAAAAGAAGCUAAUAGACAAAAUAAAGAAAUUAAUAAAACAAAUAUAUCAUUAAUAGAUUCAAAUAAAAAUAAAUCACCUAUUAAAGAUAAAGCUAAAAUGACAAAACUUAGAGGAUUAAUGAAUAAGAAAGAUUCUUUUGAUGAUGCAAUUAAAAAAGAUAGUUUCACUAUUAUUGGAAAAAAGGUAAAUAGUAAUGGAAACUAUUAA